CCUGCGUCAGACGCAGCGUCUAAAUUCAAACUAGUCGGCGGUUAAGAAAAAAACAAGUGAGGAGGGCUUAAAGCGUACAGAAACUAACCAAAAUUAAACUAAAUCCAAGAUGUCAAAAACAUUAAAAGGAAUCACGCUUAAGGGGAGUGCAGAACUCGUUGCUGAGUUUUUCUCGUUCGGAAUCAACAGCAUCUUGUACCAGCGAGGAAUCUACCCAGCAGAAACCUUCACCAGAGUUACACAAUAUGACAUGAGCCUUCACCUGACCACAGAUGCAAAGCUGAAGAACUACCUCACCAAUGUCAUCUCGCAACUCAAAGAAUGGUUGUUUGAUUGCACAGUUCAGAAGCUGGUGGUUGUCAUCACAUGCCUGGAGACCAAUGAGGUGCUGGAGCGAUGGCAGUUUGAUAUUGACUGUGACAAGACAGCAAAGGAGAGCGGCGCACCCAGGGAGAAGUCCAUAAAAGCUAUCCAAGAGGAAAUCCGUUCUGUUAUCAGACAGAUCACUGCCACAGUUACCUUCUUGCCGUUAUUAGAAACUGCCUGUGCUUUCGACCUUCUGAUCUACACAGACAAAGAUCUUGAGGUACCCGAGCAAUGGGAGGAAUCUGGGCCUCAACUAAUUGACCAAUCAGAAGAGGUCCGCUUGCGUUCCUUUACUACUUCUAUUCAUAAGGUGAACAGUAUGGUGGCCUACAAGAGGACAAACUCCAUGUGAUUUUUUUUUUUUCUUUUUUUGUGUGUUCUGUUCUUUUUUUCUUCUUUUGUGUUCUGUUCACCUUUUCAGUCUUCUGUAUAUAUAUCUACAUAAAGCUCAUUUCUUAUUUGUUGUAUUUUUAAAUAAUGUAUUUCCCAAUACAGAAAAUAAAUUUCGUGUUUCCAGUAUUGUAUUGGUGAUCUGUUUCUUUGAUAUUUUGCCGUAGUUAUCCUCUAGAUGGCGACAAAAUCUAGGUUUACAUUUCCUUACAUAUGCGAAUAGCCUGUCAACAACAAAACCUGUCAAUGCAUCUGGGUCUGUAUUUCAACCUAAAUUCAAAAGACUUUGUUUCCUUUAAUAUUUUGCAUUAAUUAUUUUACUACUGUAUUAUUAGUACCGCAUCAGUGUUAUGGCAAUAUUGGUUCUACC